AUGGCAGAGAGCGUCGUCCGAGACGGCGACGACGGUGACGAUGACGGCGACGGCGAUGACCGUAAAAGGGAACUCAGGGAAGCCUUGACGAGGAUAGCGGACAAAGUGGAGGAUGAUUUGAAGGAGGAAAUAGAACGGCUCGGGCUUCACACACCGUCGUUGUGGAAAUGGUUGGCUAGUGCGGCAGGGGCAGGGGCGGAAAAGAUGUCAAGGGUGUUAGGGGCGUUAAGGGAUGGACGUCAGAUGGAAAAGUUGGAAUCGGAAAUGAUCAGUGAGUGGAUUGACUCAGCUGGUGGGAGGUUGGUGUUGGUGCCUGUGAAGAGAGGGGUGGUGAAGCUGGUAGGAAAAGAUGGAAGUGGAAAGUCGAGUCUGAAGAGAUCUUUGAAACGGGAGAUGUUCAACUCUGAGCUUCUAAGCACAGAAGCAAUAGAAAUAGAGGUUUUGUACCAAGGUGAUGAUAGCAAGGCAUGGAGACCAAUCAUUGAAGGUCAGAUUCAACAAUUGGUACUUAGUGCUAUAAGCAAGCCAGCAUGUGAUGUGUAUUCAAAAACGGAAUUAAGGCAAGUUGAGGGCCGCAAGCUGAGCAAGCAGGUGUCAGACAUGAUGUUAAAGUACAGGCAGGUACAUGUAACUCCACCCAGAGUAAUAAUUCAUGUGUGUGAUCACGGUGGACAAGAAAACUUGUUUUCAAGCUUUGCUCCAUUUGUGGCUCCCAAUUCUGUCUAUCUCAUGGUAUAUGAUGUGUCAAUACCAUUGGAAGCUGAAGCUCAGUCAUCGGUGAGACUCAACAUUGAAGGUGAUUAUCAGCACUUGGAAGUGAAGCUGCAUCGCAUGAAAUACAACAAGGACUGGAUCAAUCAUCACUUGUCUGCCAUCAGUGUCAGCUCUGUGUCCAGACAUCAUGAACAAUCUGAUGAGAGUAGCAAGGAAAGGGUACAAGAACUUGCAUUCAGCGACAGACAGUCCACUGCAAAUGCUGUAUUACAGAGUAGUACUCAAGGCAUUGGAUCAGUGUUUAAUUGUGUGUCUCCGCCUGUUAUUUUUGCAGCCACUCAUGCUGAUCAAAUUGUUGGUAAAGAGCAAGAAGUGUUGAGUAGACAAGAUGCAGUUCUCAACAAAAUGUUAGAUCACAAGCCAUACACAAGUCAUGUUUACCGUCGACCCUCUGAAAGCCAGUCACCAUUGUUCAAGUCAGACUUGUGUUUCUGUAUCAACAAUACAAAGUCACAUUCACCAUCAUGGUUACCCAGGCUAUUCCUAAGUGAAGAGGACCCUGAAUUAGUUGCACUACGAGAGUUGGUGACAUCUAAGAUAGAGGAACAUUGUACACAAGAACUGAUUCCAGUCAGCUGGCUGCUGAUUGAAGAUAAGGUGUCUGAUUUACAAGGCAAUUCACGUGACAAGAUCAUUCCGUUUGAAAUGCUGGAAGAAAUAGGUGUAAAGCAGUGUUCAAUGAAGUCGUCUAGUGAAGUUUCUGAUGCUCUCUGUCAUUUGCAUAACUUCUCCAUUGUGGUCUACUUUGCAUCAUCUCCAAUACUUCGACAUCAUGUAUUUAUUGAUGCUCAGUGGGUUUUCACAACUCUCUCACGCCUGUGUCCAUUGCAUUCCAAGGGUUUGCCUGCUAAUCUUCGAGAGGACUUUGGUAAGCUUUCCAAGAAAGGCAUCAUGUCGCAAGAGCUUGUCGAUUAUUUCCUACGUGAUCUGAAAGUUGAAGAUCGCACCAAAAUGCUAGAAGCAGCAGAACUGCUUGAUAUUGUCUCAAAAUGUCAGGAGUUUGAUAAAUUUGGGGUUCCAAAAGGAAAGCAGGAUAUUGAGUACUUUGUGCCCAGCGCUCUGCAAGAAGAUUGUGAAUCUAAAAUUAAGGUGAAAUGCAGUAGCGGUGAAAUUUCAAGUCCUUCUCUUCUUGUGUUGAGGCCAGACAAAGUUGGCAUGUUUAUAGAGUCAUUGUUCUUUCGUCUCUUGAAUCGAUGUGUUCGUCAGUAUCCAUUUAAGCCUUCAUUAUACCGUAACUAUGCCAUGUUACACACGGAAGAUGCCUGUGAUGUUGAACUAUUCUAUACGUAUGAGUAUGUUGUUGUGGGGCUGAGACCAAAAGGCUCUAUGUCGUAUGAAGAUGUAAGGAAGAGGUGUGUUGAAACUCGUCAAUUUAUUGUCAAGUCAGUGGAAGAAGUAAAGCAGCAAGGAUUGUCAGGCUUUGAGUACUCUGUCUGUUUUCAACAUCUGAGGCCAGAACAAAAUAGUUUCCUGCCCAUUAACAGUGAUCGACUUGUGUCUUUAAAUGAUUACCCUAAGGAUAAACGUUUGCUCUAUGCCAGUAAUUCAACAGCUGAUCUUACAGCUGAAGAGGAGAAGUCAAUAGACAUCUGGUUUUCUUCAGGAGAAUCUGAUCUUGCGAGUGAACCAAUGGCUGCAACAGCUGAGAGUCAGAAUGCAUCAACAGAUGGUAGAAACCAACAUGCAAGUGAAUCUGCAUUGUUCACAGGCAAUGUCGAGAGAGAUUAUGAAGCUGUAACUAGAGCUGUUGUUAAUUGUGGCUGCAGCCAGUGGUAUGAAAUUGGCCUGAAUUUGGGAAUGAACAAAGACCAGAUCAAGUCAGAAACUCACAACAAACCUCACUACACUGGGAAACUACACGCUCUGAUUGAAGCGAGAAGAGAAAAUGUCGCCAAACAGCAGACAAUGAAGGAUUUGUUGAAGGCUUGCCGACUGAUACCUCAACCUAUAUAUGACGAUGUGAUACAGCAAUGGAAGAAAGAAGGAUUAGGACAGUAGCAAAUAGCAAGAAGCUGAGCAAUGGUUGGGAAAACAUUAGCCUACUACUAACUUGCACGUCUUCACUAGACUUAGUCUACGACUCUAAGUAUCCUAGUGGAAGUUGAAUCCUAGUGGACAUUGUAUAUGUAGCUGGAAGCAUUCCAUUAAUUAAUUCACAUUGUGCUAUUUGAACAGCA